AUAUAAGUCUGCUCCAGCUCAAAUCUUCACAUUAUUUCAUGUCUUUUGUAUUUCUUACUUUUGAUCAGCUGUACUAGGAACCCGUUUAGCCCCUUGAGAACUUAUAUCCACACACUGAAGUGCUCCAACUGCUUUGUGUGCUAUUGUGUCCUAAGUGUUCUAGGCAGUUUUGCUUUCAGCUGUGUACACCACCCUGUUCUAAACUGUAUCAGUCAGAUGUUUUAAUGCCAUUGUGGAAGUAGUCCCCUCUUUUUGCUGCUCUACAACAUGCAGAGUGGUCUUGAGAAAUUCAUCAUAAGAAAAUCCUUCUGUGAAUUGUUCUAAAGGCAGUGAAAUGGGUACCCACAAAGAACAGUGAUUGUAACCAUUUCUAGCACAACUAUUAUGACACUAAGCAAGAUUGCAACGCUUCUUAAACUGAAAUAGUUCAGCUACUACAUGCAGCCUAGAAACGGAUUUCUGUUGUCUGAUAAACUGACAGUUUACUAUAUGAAAUAUAACCAGUUUUUCCAUUAAAUAUAUUUUGACAGAUUAGAUCUCUGACAAUGAAGCCUUUUACUGCAUAUGCCUCUGGGUUUAUCGUAUUCCUGUUUGCCUUGCUGCAGAAGAGUCAUGGACAAUGCAAAGAAGCAGCUAAAAGAUCAGAGAUGAAUCUUGGUGUAAAAUACGAUCUUCCUAACUUUAUUGCAGACACACCAAUUCAGAAUGUAGUUUUAUACAAACAUCAUGUUUAUAUUGGAGCAGUCAAUAAGAUUUACGUACUAAAUGAAACUCUCCAGAACAUUUCUGUGUACAAGACUGGGCCUGUUUUGGAGAACCCUGACUGUGCACCAUGUGAAGACUGCCGAGAUAAAGCCAAUUUAUCUAACAGCAUAUGGAAGGAUAACAUCAACAUGGCACUGCUUUUAGAAACUUAUUAUGAUGACCAGCUCAUUAGCUGUGGUAGUGUGUCCGGAGGCAUCUGCCACCGUCACAUCAUUCACCCUGACAACCCUGCUGACAUUGAAAGCGAGGUGCACUGCAUGUACUCACCCCAGGCAGAUGGAGAAGCGGAUAACUGCCCUGACUGUGUUGUUAGCACUUUAGGAACUAAAGUUUUGGUGACCGAAAAAGACAGGUUUGUCAACUUCUUUGUUGGAAAUACUGUGACAUCUACAUUUCAACAUCCCCAUGUGCUGCAUUCAAUAUCGGUUAGAAGAUUAAAAGAAACACAGGACGGUUUUGAGUUUCUCACAGAUCAAUCCUAUAUAGAUAUCCUCCCUCAGUUCCGUGACUCGUAUCCCAUUAAGUAUGUCCAUGCCUUUGAAAAUGAUCACUUUGUCUACUUUUUGACUGUACAGAGAGAAACUCUUGACUCGCAAUCUUUUCACACUAGAAUUAUCCGCUUCUGCACUUUAGACUCAGAGAUGCGUUCCUACAUGGAAAUGCCUCUUGAGUGCAUUUUUACUGAAAAGCGAAGAAGGAGGUCCAUCCGAAAGGAGGUAUUCAACAUUUUGCAAGCUGCCUACGUAAGCAAGCCUGGAGCAGCUCUAGCACACGAAAUGGGCCUUGGGCUCAAUGAUGAUAUCCUCUAUGGUGUUUUUGCACAAAGCAAACCAGACUCUUCUGAACCAACCAACCGAUCUGCUGUCUGUGCCGUCUCUGUGCGAACCAUCAACGAGUUCUUCAAUAAGAUUGUUGACAAGCAGAACAUGAAAUGUCUCCAACACUUUUAUGGGAAAGACAGCAAAUACUGCUUGAACAGGGCUUUUUCAAGGAACGCUUCAUACUGCAGAGCACAAGAUGAUGAAUAUCGCUUAGAAGUUACAACUCCUCUGCAGAGGGUUGACUUGUUCAUGGGCCAGUUCAACAGUGUCCUGUUAACUUCAAUCUCCGUCUUCACCAAAGGGAACCUUACCAUUGCUAAUCUGGGAACUUCAGAGGGCCGCUUCAUGCAGAUAGUGGUUUCCCGUUCAGAACCCACAGCUCCACAUGUCAGCUUUCAGCUAGACACCCACCCCAUCUCUCCCCAGGUUGUUGUGAAGAAUUCUUUAGCAGAUGAUGGCUAUACCCUGGUAGUGACUGGGAGAAAGAUAACAAAGAUCCCUCUGAAGGGGCCAGGCUGCCAUCACUUCAGGUCCUGCAGCCAGUGCCUGCUGGCACCAGCCUUCAUGCAGUGUGGCUGGUGCAGCCAGCAGUGCCUCAGGUCUUCUGAGUGCCCCAGCAACACCUGGACCCAGGACACCUGCUUGCCUAGGGUUUAUGAGAUUCUCCCGAGCAGUGCUCCCAUAGAAGGCGGUACAAAAUUGACACUGUGUGGAUGGGACUUUGGAUUCAGCAAAAAUAACAGAUUUGAGUUAAAAAAUACAGUAGUCCAUAUUGGGGGACAAAUUUGUCCUCUGGAAGCAAAAUCUAGCAACAAAAAUAGGCUGGAAUGCACAGUUCCUGCUGCAAAAAGUCCAGGUUUUAAUAUAUCCAGUAGUGUUUCUGUUGGACAUGGCAAAACAGUGUUCAAUACAUUUUCAUACGUGAAUCCUGUAAUAACAAGUAUAUCUCCCACCUAUGGCCCCAAAUCUGGAGGAACAUUGCUGACUGUAGCUGGAAAGUACCUAGACAGUGGGAAAUCCAUGAGGAUUUUUGUUGGUGAGCAACCAUGCACUUUGAAAAGUCCUCCCAGCAUAUCGGCGAGCACUGUGGAGUGCUACACUCCAGCACAGCAAAUUCCCCAGGAAUAUCGUGUGAGAAUGGAAAUCGAUGAAGCUAUUCGAGACACAAGCAGACAUUUCACAUACAGAGAAGACCCAGUUGUUUUAAACAUUCAUCCAGCCAAAUCUUUCCUUAGUGGUGGAAGUACAAUCACGGCUCAGGGAAUCAACUUGAACUCAGUGUGCUUUCCUCAGAUGGUGAUUACUGUACCUAAACUAGGAAUGAACUUCUCUGUGGCAUGCAGCCACCGCUCUAGCUCAGAGAUAAUCUGCUGUACAACACCUUCACUGAAAGCUUUCAACCUCCAACCACCCUUUGUAACCAAAGUGUUCUUUAUUUUUGAUGGUGUCAGCUCCCUGUACUUUGAUUUUGAUUACGUAAAUAACCCUGUAUUUAAGCAUUUUGAAAAGACAGUGUUCAUCUCAAGAGGCAACCAAAAUGUUCUGGAAAUUAAGGGAAAUUAUAUUGAUUCAGAAGCUGUCAAAGGUGAGGUGCUAAAAGUUGGAAAUAAAAGCUGCGAAAACCUUCUCCUGCAGUCAGAAUCAAUUCUGUGUACGGUUCCCAGCGAUCUCCUGAAAUCCAACAGUGAGCUAAAUAUAGAGUGGAAGCAAGAAGUUUUGUCAACAGUUAUCGGAAAAGUGCUGAUCCGGCAAGAUCAGAAUUUCACAGGACUAAUUGCUGGAAUUCUUUCAACAUCAAUCUUAAUUUUUAUCUUUUUGGCGAUUUUCUUCUGGAGAAGGAAGAAAAAACAAAUUAAAGAUCUGGGAAGUGACCUAGUUCGUUAUGAUGGCAGAGUGCACACUCCUCACCUGGACAGGCUGGUGAGUGCAAGGAGUGUAAGUCCAACAACAGAAAUGGUUUCAAGUGAAUCUGUGGACUACAGAUCAACUUUUCUAGAAGAUCAGUUUCCAAGCAUGUCUCAGAAUGGAUCAUGCAGACCUGCCCAGUAUCCUCACUCUGACCUCUCCCCAAUUCUGUCUAGUGGAGACUCAGAUUUAGCCAGUCCACUUCUCCAAACUAAUGUCCACAUUGACAUCAGUGCCUUAAAUCCUGACCUGGUCAAAGAAGUGCAGCAUGUGGUUAUUGGUGCUGACAGUCUGAUUGUGCACUUCAGUGAAGUAAUAGGAAGAGGACAUUUUGGCUGUGUGUACCAUGGGACAUUGCUGGAUAAUGAUAGCAGGAAAAUUCAUUGUGCUGUGAAGUCACUGAAUAGGAUUACAGACCUGGAAGAAGUAGCGCAGUUUCUGAAAGAAGGAAUAAUCAUGAAAGAUUUCACUCAUCCCAAUGUUCUGUCACUCUUGGGAAUCUGUUUGCCCAAUGAAGGAUCCCCAUUAGUUGUUCUUCCAUACAUGAAACAUGGAGAUCUUCGAAACUUCAUUAGGAAUGAGACUCACAAUCCAACAGUAAAAGAUUUAAUUGGAUUUGGCCUUCAGGUUGCAAAAGGAAUGAAAUACCUUGCAAGUAAAAAGUUUGUCCAUAGAGAUUUGGCAGCGAGAAACUGUAUGUUGGAUGAAAAAUUCACUGUCAAGGUUGCUGAUUUUGGUCUUGCUAGAGAUGUCUAUGAUAAAGAAUACUACAGUGUGCACAAUAAAACAGGAGCUAAACUGCCAGUGAAAUGGAUGGCUUUAGAAAGUUUACAAACUCAGAAGUUCACAACGAAGUCAGAUGUGUGGUCCUUUGGUGUAUUAUUAUGGGAACUUAUGACACGAGGGGCACCACCUUAUCCUGAUGUAAAUUCUUUUGAUAUAACUGUUUACUUACUACAAGGAAGAAGGCUGCUGCAACCUGAAUACUGCCCUGAUCCACUGUAUGAAGUCAUGCUGAAGUGCUGGCAUCCGAAACCUGAGAUGCGUCCAGCAUUUUCUGAACUUGUUUCAAAAAUAUCAACAAUCUUCUCCACUUUUAUUGGGGAACACUAUGUUCAUGUCAAUGCUACUUAUGUCAAUGUGAAGAGCAUUGCUCCCUAUCCUUCUCUUCUAUCAUCACAAGACAACACAGACAUGGAUGUUGACACAUGAUGGGUAUGUCUGAAAUUAAGGAAAAUCCAUUCUUAGUUGUAUGAACAAAGAGCAAAACAUUUUGUCCACUAGUUUUUACUGCCCUACUGGUCUUUGUGAGAACACUGUUGCACAUGUUUAUGUUGUUGCCCAAGUUGCACUAGUACAAGGACACGAUAUCAUAUUGUUUAAGGAUACAGGAUUCCAUAAACCAACACAGUAAUUUCCGAGUAUUUGGAGAACGCCAUCAAUUUACCAAAUGGAAAUGUGGUGUGCUACCAUCCAGAGCUGGUUCCCACAAACUGUCAUUAAUGUGUGCUCAGACCCAAGAACAAAUGCCAUGAAAGCAGAAUAUCAAUCAGUAUGGCUGGAAGGACUGUUACUGUGCAUGUACUUUAGGAUAAUGAGCAGUGCAAAAACGGUUUGCACACAAAAGAAAUGCAAUGAGAAUAACAAGAGUUUAAAAUGUAUUUUCAUCCCACAUGGGGCAAACUUUGGAUUUUUGAACUACAUCAACAAGGUUUCAAAGAACAUAGGCAGCCAAGAUAGCCAGCCUCAUGGUUUCUUAACAGAAAUCAAAAUCAAGAAAUGGUGUGCAGUAAAAUAAGUAUAGAAAAGUAUGAUUGAGUAAGCACUGGGUGACGAAGUCCAAGACAACACUGGAACUGAACAUGGCAAGGGAUG